UCAGUAGAAAUGGCCGCGACGAACGAAGAGACAUUAUCGGCGCCCUUCGACGGUGAUCAGCAUGUCCUGCAUGCCACCGGAACUGUGCACAAAAUAGCGAGACGUUUCUUCCGCGUGCUACUGCUACCGCGGCGUCCUGCGAUAUCAAAACAUAACGUGUUGAAGCAGACACGCCUACUCGUCAGGCAUUUCAUCCAUGCCAAACUAAUUCAGGAGGGAUUGCCCGUCGAGGAUCAAUUUAGCGACGAAAUCGAGCCUACUGAAAUUUCACAUCUUUUAUGUGCAGUGCAAUACCUCGAGCUAACAUAUCCAUGUCUCUACCAAUGCAUCGCGACGAGCUUUGAACUGAAAGGAAGAUCGGUGGCUAUGAUUCACGACCUCUUUCAGACGUUUUGCGAGUCAUUGUUUGCGACUGAUAUCGCCUGGGGUAAGAUCGUCGCCAUGUUCGCCGUACUGCAAUCAAUUGCCGUGGAUUCCGUGAGACAGGGCCGUGCCGAAUUUCUUGUCAGUCUGCCGGACAUUUUGGUGGAGAUUAUAGAUUCCGACAUUGCGUCAUGGAUAGCGCAGCGAGGAGGCUGGGCGGAGUUUGUUUCACAAUUUCAAGUCGAAGCAAAGUUACAAAAACGUGUGGCUGUGAUGUCGUUGGUGACUGGAGCCGCGGCACUGCUCACGGUUCUGUCUGAUCUAAAAUCUAGAUCUAAAGAUCUAAAGAUCUAG